GGAAGUGACAGUCGGAAGGUGAAGCGGUGAGGGUAAACAUGGCUCGCAGUUUGCUGUGCAGAGCUGUCGGUGUGUUUGAGCUCAGCAGGACUUCAGCUCUGCUCACACGGACCCGGUUUUACUCUCAGACUGAACCGGAGCCGCUGACGGUGAGACAGCAAGACAACGGAAUAAGGAGAAUAAUACUGAACAAUCCCAAGAAGAGGAACGCUCUGUCUCUGUCCAUGCUGGAGUCGCUCAGAGAAAACAUCCUGACUGACGUCGACAGCGAUGACCUCAGAGUUGUCAUCAUAUCAGCCAGAGGUCCAGUGUUUUCCUCAGGACAUGACCUGAAGGAGCUGACGUCAGCUCAGGGCAGAGAUUAUCACACCAAGGUGUUUCACACCUGUGCAGAGGUAAUGACUCUGAUACAAGAUAUACCUGUUCCAGUGAUCGCCAUGGUGAACGGUGUUGCCACUGCGGCUGGUUGCCAGCUUGUUGCCAGCUGUGACAUUGCCGUGGUGACAGAGAAGUCCACCUUCGCCACUCCGGGUGUCAACGUGGGUCUGUUCUGCUCGACGCCGGCAGUGGCUAUCGGCAGAGCCGUGCCGAGGAAGGUUGCCAUGGAGAUGCUGUUCACAGGAACUCCCAUCUCCGCCCAUGAUGCUUUGCUGCAUGGUCUGGUCAGUAAGGUGGUGCCAGAGGAACGACUGGAAGAGGAGACAUUAGCCAUCGCUGAGCGGGUGUGUCAGGCGAGCCGACCUGUUGUUGCCCUUGGCAAGGCCACUUUCCAAAGACAAAUGGCUCAAGGUCGAGAUGCAGCGUACGCCACCGCCUCCAAGGUGAUGGUUGACAACCUGGCUCUUAGAGACGGACAGGAGGGGAUCCGAGCCUUCAUAGAGAAACGCAAACCAGUGUGGAGCAAUAAAGCGGAAAAAGCCCAUGACUGAUGGACUGUUGGAGAGGUUGUUAUCACAGGAGACAGUGAUUAUCCUGACUGGUACAAGUGGUCAGUCACUGGUGUGGAAUAAUUAGCACCAGUCCCAAGUAAACUCACGGUCUGCGCUACUUUUAAAAUGUGGAUGUGUAAUUUGCAAGAUCACGAUGAUUGACGUUUGAAUUGUUGACUUAAUUUUCCCUGAGGAUAUCUUCCUUUUCACUGAGACUAAAGACGAGUAACUGAACCAGUGUGCCUUAAAAGCUGCAGUGUGGUGAUGAGAAGGAAAUGUUCUGUUACCACCCAGAGGACUCGAGAUGUUUAAUGACAUAAUGGACAAAGAAUGCUGCUAUCUGUAUUUGUAUAAUUGUAAAUGUAAUAAAUAGGGUUACAAAUUUG